GGACGCGCGCACCGAGCGGGGACGCCGGUAUAAAACGGGCCGCGCCAGAUUAUCACGCAAGUCUGUAAAAAGGAUUGAAGGACAGCAGCGGGCGAAGAGCAUCCAGACAUGAAUAGAGCCACUAAGACCCACAUGACCUCCCCCAUGUUCUUCCCCAACAUGGGUAUGGCCCCCUUCUUUAAGGUGACCGUGUUCGAGCAGGAGCACUUCCAGGGCCGCUGCCAGGAGUUCACCUCCGAGUGCUGCAACAUCCAGGACUGUGGACUGGACAACAUCCGCUCCAUCAGGGUGGAGAGCGGAGCCUGGGUGGGCUACGAGCACCACGACUUCCAGGGCCAGCAGUUCAUCCUGGAGAGGGGAGAGUACCCCCACUGGGACGCCUACAGCGGCUCCCUGGCCUACCACGUGGAGCGCCUCAUGUCCCUGCGCCCCAUCUACUGCGCUUCCCACCAGAGCAGCCGUAUGACCAUCUACGAGAUGGAGAACUUCCUGGGCCGCAGCGUGGAGAUGUGUGAUGACUACCCCUCCCUGCAGGCCAUGGGCUGGAUGAAGCCCGAGGUGGGAUCCAUGCACGUCCAGUGUGGAGCCUUCGUGUGCUACCAGUUCCCCGGCUACAGGGGCCAGCAGUACAUCAUGGAGUGCGAGAGGCACAGCGGCGACUUCCAGCACUGGAAGAACUGGGGCUCCCACUGCCAGACCCCCCAGAUCCAGUCCAUCAGGCGCAUCCACCACUAGGGCCGGACGGGGCGGACAGUGGGAGCCCAGGGGGGACAGGGCGGCCCGGGGAAGGGGGCCCGGCCUGGGCUUGAGUGGCAGGCUGGCUCCCCUGAUGGAAGCUGACGUGGAGAGGAGUGAUGAUUCAACGUGACGGCAGCGCCGUGUUCCGAGACCGAUUCCUGUUACUGACCUGAACGAGUGAUACUGCAAUAAAACUCAGAAAAGAAAA